GCGAGUGGUGACGUUUCCUCAUUGGGCAGAAGGUUCGGUGGUAGUCGUCGGUCUUCCAGCUGGUGGGAGUUGGCGUCGCGCUGCUGGGAGCUGGGACCCUAGUUUGUGCAGUUCGGGAAGUCGGGUUGUGGGGGUCGUACCUGUCUGUCUGCUCCCAGCUUUCCUGGCUUUACUUCCACCGCCCGGGGGCCUGGCGAAGGAAUCCCCGGCCCUUUAGGGCCACGGCGUUAGCGGUGCCUUUGCGGUGAGGAAAGUGAGGCUCAGAGAGAUUAAGUAACUUGCCCAAAGUAACAGCCAGUAUGUAACAGAGCUGGGAUUUGAAUUCCUAUCUGUCAGACUCCAAAGCCCAUGCUCUUUCCAGUACUUCACACUGCAGCAGAGUUCGUCAUAAACAUAUCUUAAAGCCUUCAAGAUGGUUCUAGCAGACCUAGGAAGAAAAAUAACAUCAGCAUUACGCUCAUUGAGCAAUGCCACCAUUAUCAAUGAAGAGGUAUUAAAUGCUAUGCUAAAAGAAGUAUGUACAGCAUUAUUGGAAGCCGAUGUUAAUAUUAAACUAGUGAAGCAACUAAGAGAAAAUGUCAAGUCUGCUAUUGAUCUUGAAGAGAUGGCAUCUGGUUUGAACAAAAGAAAAAUGAUUCAGCAUGCUGUAUUUAAAGAACUCGUGAAGCUUGUAGACCCUGGAGUUAAAGCAUGGACACCCACUAAAGGAAAGCAGAAUGUAAUCAUGUUUGUUGGAUUGCAAGGGAGUGGUAAAACAACAACAUGUUCAAAGUUAGCAUAUUAUUACCAGAGAAAGGGUUGGAAGACCUGUUUGAUUUGUGCAGACACAUUCAGAGCAGGGGCUUUUGACCAACUAAAACAGAAUGCUACCAAAGCAAGAAUUCCAUUCUAUGGAAGCUAUACAGAAAUGGAUCCUGUUAUCAUUGCUUCUGAAGGAGUGGAGAAAUUCAAAAAUGAAAAUUUUGAAAUAAUUAUUGUUGAUACAAGUGGCCGCCACAAACAAGAAGACUCUUUGUUUGAGGAGAUGCUUCAAGUUGCUAAUGCUAUACAACCUGAUAACAUUGUUUAUGUGAUGGAUGCUUCCAUUGGGCAGGCUUGUGAAGCCCAGGCUAAGGCUUUCAAAGAUAAAGUAGAUGUAGCUUCAGUAAUAGUGACAAAACUUGAUGGUCAUGCGAAAGGAGGUGGAGCACUCAGUGCAGUUGCUGCCACAAAAAGUCCAAUUAUUUUCAUUGGUACAGGGGAACAUAUAGAUGACUUUGAACCUUUCAAAACACAGCCUUUCAUCAGCAAACUUCUUGGUAUGGGUGACAUUGAAGGACUUAUAGAUAAAGUCAACGAAUUGAAGUUGGAUGACAAUGAAGCACUAAUAGAGAAAUUGAAACAUGGUCAGUUUACAUUGCGAGACAUGUAUGAACAAUUUCAAAAUAUCAUGAAAAUGGGCCCCUUCAGUCAGAUCUUGGGAAUGAUUCCUGGUUUUGGAACAGAUUUUAUGAGUAAAGGAAAUGAACAGGAGUCCAUGGCAAGGCUAAAAAAGUUAAUGACGAUAAUGGAUAGUAUGAACGAUCAAGAACUGGACAGUACAGAUGGAGCCAAGGUUUUUAGUAAGCAGCCAGGAAGAAUCCAGAGAGUAGCAAGAGGAUCAGGUGUGUCAACUAGAGAUGUUCAAGAACUUUUGACGCAAUAUACCAAGUUUGCACAGAUGGUAAAAAAGAUGGGAGGUAUCAAAGGACUUUUCAAAGGGGGUGACAUGUCUAAGAAUGUGAGCCAGUCUCAGAUGGCAAAAUUGAAUCAACAGAUGGCUAAAAUGAUGGACCCAAGAGUUCUUCAUCACAUGGGUGGUAUGGCAGGACUUCAGUCAAUGAUGAGGCAGUUUCAACAGGGUGCUGCUGGCAAUAUGAAAGGCAUGAUGGGAUUCAAUAAUAUGUAAAGAAGAUGCCUUAAUAUAAACUGACUCAGUUGAUUACAUUAUUUGCUGAGACCUCAGAGUUUCCCUCCUUUUUGCAAAUGGGGAAAAAAAUAUUUUUCAUGCCUGUCUUGACUCUCUUUUUCUUCUUAUCUUUUCUUCCUCCUCUUCUUUUUUCCUCCUUUCCUCCCUCCUUUUGAUAUAAGGGAGGAAUAUAUGGUUUUUGUGGAAAUCAUUAUAUUUUCACUUUAGAUUUUCUCCUAUUAGUUUGCACUAUCAUAAUACUUCCUAAGUUAAACAAAUCAUGAUGUAAAAUUUUAGUACUUAAAGGUUUUUAAUUAUCUCAAAGGCCAAGCAUUACAUUUGUAAACGGUCCUGGUCAAUAGUUACAUGAUGUCUCAAUUAAAAUGCUGUAAAAUAAACUUUAAAGUGGUUAUAAGUUAAA